AUGAAAGGACGUGCAAGUUUGACACACAAUCCGAUUCUGCAUUUGAUCAUUUUCACCACAAUUCAUGCGUAUAUAACUCCAUCCUAUAAUCAACCUUAUUUGGGUCUAUGCCCAACGUGGUCUAACAGUGGCAUUACAUUUGCUAGCAAUAGCGUGUUAUCUGGAGAGCCUAGACGACUAUUUAUUAACACUGAGAAUUCCAUAUACGUUUCUGUUGACGCUGAUCAAGUUUUAGUAUGGUCUGAAGGAAGUAACAUAGUGAAUCUCAAUAUUUCGAAUAAUGUAACCGGACCUUUUGGUAUUUUUGCCACUAUUGACGGUUAUAUAUACAUUGCGAAUAGUGUUCCAAAUCGUGGAGUAUUUCUAUGGUCACCAAAUGGAACCAAUUCUACAAAAGUGAUGCCAAAUACUAGGAAAUGCAGCGCCCUUUUUAUAGAUAUUAACAAUACUCUAUAUUGUUCGUGUGAUAUAGAAAAUCAAGUGUUAAAAGUCUCACUUGAACCCGGUUCACAGAAUCAAACUACCGCAGCUGGUAAAAAGAAUGUUAACGGAUCUACAUCGGAUCUACUCAAUAGUCCUAUCGGAAUCUUCGUUGAUAGAAACUUAAGUUUGUAUGUAGCUGAUUCUGAUAACGAUCGAAUUCAACUUUUUCUGUGGAAUGAAUUAAAUGGAACAACUAUUGCGGGCACUGGUGCAUCAGCAACCAUAAACCUUAAAGGUCCGUCCGAUAUUGUAUUCGACGGCGAUGGCUAUUUAUAUAUAGUUGAUACUGGCAGAAACCGUAUUGUUGCAUCAGGACCUAAUGGCUUUCGAUGUGUCAUUGGUUGUAAAGUUGGUAUGGGUUCAGCUUCUUAUCAACUGCAUGGUCCCUUCAGUCUCAGUUUCGAUACUUACGGCAAUAUAUAUGUCAGUGAUCGAUCUAAUUAUCGAAUUCAAAAAUUCAUCUUUAUAAAUCAAUCUUGUGAUAACACGACACCCAUUGACAGUACAACUACUUCAAACACAGAUACCGUGACAGUAUCAACAGAUGGUGUUACAUCGAUCAGUACAUCAGCGUUAGUCCUCUCGACGAGUGUAGCAGUAACAGAUGCUACAUCAACGACGACCACAACGAUGAAUCCCUCAUCAUCAUCUGAGACUACUACUUCAUCACUAAUACCGACUACAUUAGUCACAUCUUUUCUACCAGCAACCGUUUCAAAUCAUGUAGAUACGAGUACUGUUCAGCAAGGUACAUCCUUCGCAUCAUUGUUUACUCCGUCUGUAUGCGCAUCACCGACAGUAAUGGGGCCGAAUUGUAGUUUAUCUACUCUUUCAUGCGAUAGUCUUCGACCUUGCUACAAUAACGCCACCUGUAUCAACAAUAAUACAGUGUUGUCUGGCUACACUUGCAAUUGUUUACUAGGUUUUAACGGUACCGAUUGUCAAUACGAUUAUCGACCUUGUCAACCAGAUACUUGCUGGAAUAAUGGUAUGUGUAACCAAACAUCAAACACAAGUUUUAUCUGUAUAUGUGUAAAUGAUUGGCAAGGUGAACACUGCCAAACAAAGAUAAACCAUUGUGAAAACAUUACAUGUUACAAUAAUGGUGUUUGUAAAACCUUAUCACAAAACUACACAUGCCAAUGUAUUGGCGAUAGUUAUUCUGGUCGACAUUGUGAGCGCACAUUGAGUAAAAGAGCUCUUCAACAAUCAAUCUCCAGAUCAUUUGCUUAUGUUGCUAUCAUGGCUAUAGCAAUUGUUGCACUGUUUAUUAUUAUUAUGGACGUAUCAACAUACGUUUUUGGUAUUGACCCAGUUAAAUCAGUACGUCGAGAACUGCGUCGACGACCGAAAUAUAAAACAAAAAAGAAAGAAAAAAGAUUUAUUACAAUCCAACGACCUAUCUAUAUUGCAUGA